GACUGAAAAGAAAAAAAAAAAAAAAAAAGACAGCAUUUUUACACUUGCGAGGAGAUGGGACCCAGUUGAGAUUCCUUUCGAUGAUCAUUCGCUUAAUUUCAUUGCUUUUUUCAAGGAGGAAUUUACUCUUCAGAUUUGAUCACCGAAGUUUGGCUCCCUGGAAAAGAUGUCCAACGCCUCCCUCAAGUUUUCGACCACCGGGGACUUUAAAUACGAUGUGUUCCUGAGCUUCAGAGGCAAGGACACCCGCAAGAACUUCACCGAUCAUUUAUACACAGCUCUUGUCCGAAAUGGAUUCGUCACUUACAAGGACGACGAAGAAAUUGAUAGGGGAAACGACAUCUCCCCAGCACUCUUGAAAGCAAUCCAAAAUUCGAGGCUUUCCAUCAUAGUUUUAUCCAAAAACUUCGCUGCUUCGAGUUGGUGUUUGGAUGAACUUGUCCACAUUCUCGAAUGCAUGAAAGCUAGAAAGACGGUUCUUCCUAUCUUCUAUGAUGUGGAUCCCACUGUGGUACGACACCAGACGGACAGUUUUGCCGAAGCUUUUGCUAAACACGAACAAAAACACAGGCAUCCUUCGGAGCUACGAAGUCAAAUGGUUUCUGCUGAAGCCCUUGCUGAUUAUGAAGAAAUGUAUAGGCGCCACAGUGAGACCGUUAGAAGAUGGAGAGUUGCCUUGACUGCUGUGGCCAAUCUUUCCGGGUGGCAUCUUAACGAUGGGCAUGAGUCAAAAUUUAUUCAAAACAUUGUUGAAGAAGUAGCACAAAAAUUGAAAGAUACAUCUGAGGAGAUAUUGUGUCCAUUGAAUGGUACAAUAUAUAGGGAUACAUCUGGUAAAUGGUUUGAUGCAUCUGAUGAGCUAUGUAGCAACAUAUGUACAGAUAUAUCUGGUGAAACAAAUGGCACAUUCUUGGUUGGAAUAGGGCCUCGUGCAAAUGAAGUACUUCGGUAUUUGAAUUCAGAUUUGGAUGAUACUCACAUUGUAGGCAUAUGGGGAAUGUCAGGAUUAGGUAAGACAACUGUUGCUAAAAUUGUUUAUGACAUGAUAUGUGAUCAGUAUGAGGCUUGCAGCUUUGUUGCUAAUGUAAGAGAACUUUCUCAAAGUCUCGGUUUGGUUGCUUUACAAGAACACCUGCUUUCGGAACUUCUGUUGGGAAAAAAAAUAUCCAUACAAGAUGUUCAAGAAGGAAUUGCUUUGCUUAGAUAUUGGAUUCGUAAUAAAAGGGUCCUCAUCGUUUUAGAUGAUGCAGAUGGAUUAGACCAAUUGAAUGCUUUAGCUGGAAACCCUGAUUGGUUUGGUAUUGGGAGUAGAAUCAUCAUAACAAGUAGAAAUAUAAGUUUGCUUCAUGAUCAUGGAGUGAAGCACAUGUAUUUGUGUGAAAGUCUACGUGAUGAUGAAGCUCUUAAGCUCCUCAGUUUCAAUGCAUUUAAACAGAACCAUCCUAUCAAGGGUUUUGAGAAGAUGUGCAGCCAUGUCGUAAAAUAUGCUCAUGGCAUUCCUUUAAUUCUCAAAGUUCUUGGCUCCUUCUUGUGUGGUAAAGGCAUAAAUCAAUGGAUACAAACAUUGGGUGCGCUAGAAAGAAUUCCUCGGCAAACAGGGUUUAAUAUAAUUAGAAUCGGUUUUGAUUCUCUUCAGGAAACAGAGAAGGAUAUAUUCCUACAUAUUGCAUGUUUUUUUAAAGGGAAGCAAAUUGAUCGUGUUGUACCAGUACUAGACUGUUCUCUUGGCUUUUUCACAAAAAUUGUGAUAAAAAUACUGAUUGAUAAAUCUCUUGUAUAUAUUUCAAAUAACAUCCUAUGCAUGCAUAGUUUUGUACAAGAAAUAGGUAGAGAAAUUGUUCGCCAGGAAUGCACAUCAGAUCCAGGUAAACGUAGUAGGUUGUGGCAUCAUGAAGACAUCAAUGAUGUAAUGAUGUGGAAUUUGGGAACAGAAGUGAUUGAAGCCAUAGUCUUGGACAUUCCUGAACUAGAAUGCUACUGGAAUCCCAGAUGUUUUUCAGGGUUGGAUAAUCUAAGAUUGCUCAGCAUUCGCAGUGUUGUCCACCUUCCCCAAGGCCUCAAUCACCUUCCGAAAAAUCUAAGGUUCUUGAAGUGGAGAGAAUAUCCAUUGAAAUUUUUACCAUCAAAUUUCUAUCCGCCUCUACUUGUUGAACUUAAUAUGUGCUACAGCCAAAUUGUACAACUUUGGAACGGAGAAAAGUUCUUGCGCUGUUUAAAGUUCAUCAAACUUAGUCACUCCUGGAACUUGAUAAAAACUCCAGACUUUACAGGGGUUCCAAAUCUUGAAAGGCUAGUUCUUGAAGACUGUAGAAACUUAAUUGAAGUUCAUCCAUCCAUUGGAAUUCUCAAAAGGCUUCAUUUAGUAAAUAUGAGAGAUUGCACAUCUGUCACCAAUCUUCCUAGCGCCAUUUCAAUGGAAUGUCUUGAAAGCUAUGUUCUUUCAGGCUGCUCAAAACUUGAAAAGUUUCCAGACAUAGUGGGGCCUAUGCAAUAUUUGUCACAACCGAACUUGGAUAGAACAGCAAUUAACAACCUGCCAAAAUCAAUUGAGCACCUGGCUGGCCUUGCUUCAAUAAACAGAAGAAACUGCAAUUACCUCUCAUGUCUUCUCUCCGGAAUGCCAAAUCUAACAAAACUAGAUUUGAGAGAUUGUAAUUUACCAGAAGGAGCAAUUCCCAGUAACAUUGGCUGCUUAACCACAUUAGAGGUCUUGGAUCUAAGCAGAAACAAAUUUCUUACCUUGCCUCCAAGCAUCAGUCAACUAAUUAAGCUGAAGUUUCUUGGUUUGGCCUAUUGCAAUCUGCUAGAAUCAGUGCCGGAGCUUCCUGCCAAUAUUACAUGCGUAGAAGCAAGAGAUUGCUCUUCCCUUGUCACUUUCUCAAAGCCAAUAUGCUUAUUCACUUCCACAGAACUAGUUCUCAGUUUUAUUAAUUGUUACCAGCUAACUGACGGCUGCAAAAGCAUGGCGAUAACAUGGUUGAAAGCAUACCUCCGCUCAAUACUAAACACCCAGAAUCAGGAACUCUCACAUAGAAUUGGCAGAUUUGAUGCCAUUAUUCCUGGAACUAGAAUUCCAGAAUGGUUCAGGCAUCAAAAUAUAGGGUCUUCAAUUACAGUACAGUUGCCUCCAAAUUGGAGAAAUGAUAAUUGGAUUGGAUUUGUUUUUUGCAUUGCUUUUGGAGUACAUGAGCAUCCUUUUCACGAAGAUGAACACCUCGAUUCGGAAAACUCUCAUGAGAUCAGCUGUCAAUUGUACACCAAUGAAGGUCCCAUAACCACUGGUUUUGGAUUUUGCAUCUCAGAAGGCACAUUGUUCAAGUCAGAUCACCUUUGGCUUCGUUAUAUGUCAAAUGGAAGCUUUAAAGAACGAAUGGUUUGGUGGAAUAGAAUCAAUUACCUUGAAGUUUCAUUUGGGACUCCAAGUCCCUGCUUGGAUGUGAAAAUGUGCGGGUUUCGUGUUGUUUACAAGCAAGACAUGGAAGAGAUAAAGAAUAAAAAAUUCAACUACAACCGCCCUCCACUUGAGGAUUUGGGUAUCCAAUUCUUCUCAUUUGAUGCAUAAGUUGAGUAGCCUUCCACCAUAAUUUUAAUGUGAUAAAAAUGGGCAAAAGCCAUGUUAAAACUAUGACAAUGGAAGCCAAGGACAAGACUAAAACUUAAGCACUUGAACCAUCCAGAUUGUGUAAACCAUGCAUAUGCAAUUAAGUAUCACCUUCUUAUUAAAUUUCUUUUCUA